CAAGAGAGAGCGGCGGGCAUCUCUUAUCCUCUCCUCCUCCCUCCCUCCUCCAUUGAGCGGCAUCUCCUCCCUGAUCGAUCGAUCGCGGCCAGGCGCGGCGGGCGAGCAGGAGAGAUCUUGCGCCACAGCACUUGGAUUCUUGGAGCCUGAUCAGGUGGGAAAUAUUUCGCGAAAUCGCGAGGUAUUUCGAUCGCCGUUCUUCGAGAACGAGCGCAGUUCCCCCGGGGUGCCACAGAUUUACGCGAGAAUGACAGGGAUUUGAGCGCCAGGGCAGCGAUCUGGGGAAAUCGUCGUUCUUGAAAUACCAUGGCGCACUCUGGUAAGUUCGAGCACAUCGAUGCGUGGGGGAACAACAGCCGGCGCGGCAGCCUGCGCAGUAGCAGCGUCCGCAACUGGGGGAUCGGCCCCGAGAGCGUCUUCAGCCGAUCUUCCACCUCGCGGACGGUUCCCGCGGCGAACGACGAUGAGGAGGCUCUCCGGUGGGCCGCGCUGGAGAAGCUGCCCACGUAUGAUCGGCUGCGCACCACGAUCCUCAAGAACCUCCAGGGCAGCCGGGUUGUCCACCAGGAAAUCGAUGUGCGGAAUUUGGGGCCGCUGGAGCGCCAGAUCCUCAUGGACAAUCUCAUCCAGGCCACCGAGGAAGACAAUGAGAAGUUCCUCAAGAAGCUCCGCAAUCGAAUCGACAGAGUUGGGAUCGAGCUGCCCACCACCGAGGUGCGCUUCGAGAAUGUGACGAUCAAUGCGGAAUGCAUGGUGGGAGGAAGAGCGCUGCCCACACUCUGGAACGCUGUCAGGAACACGGCAGAGAUGCUCCUCGGUGUCGUGGGAAUCUCUACUGGAAAAAGCACCACUCUUACAAUCCUCAAGGAUGUGAGUGGAAUCAUCAAGCCUGGAAGAAUGACGCUCUUGCUUGGUCCUCCGAGCUCAGGAAAAACGACAUUGCUACUUGCAUUGGCUGGAAAAUUGGACCCAACUCUCAAGACGAGGGGACAAGUCACAUACAAUGGCUACGAGCUUGACGAGUUCGUUCCGCAAAAGACGUCGGCUUAUAUCAGCCAGCACGAUCUACACGUCGGUGAGAUGACUGUUCGCGAGACACUGGAGUUCUCAGCAAGAUGUCAAGGAGUCGGUACUCGAUAUGGUGAGCUAAAACUUUUGGUGCCUUUUAGGAAUGUGUCUAAUCCUAGAGCUUGUUCUGCGUUCCUAGAGUUAUUAGCGGAGCUUGCGAGACGAGAAAAGGAAGCGGGGAUUCUUCCCGAUGCCCACAUUGAUCUCUACAUGAAGGCCACAGCCACUGAAGGUGUCCAGAAUGCCAUUAUCACUGACUACACUUUGAAGAUUCUUGGCCUUGAUGUCUGUGCGGACACGAUGGUGGGAGACGACAUGAGACGUGGAAUUUCCGGAGGGCAGAAAAAGCGAGUCACCACAGGAGAAAUGAUAGUUGGGCCUACGAAGACUUUGUUCAUGGACGAGAUCUCAACAGGCCUUGACAGCUCCACCACCUUCCAGAUCGUGAAAUGCCUCCAGCAAUUUGCUCACGUUAUCGAAGGGACCGUGUUCAUGUCACUCCUCCAACCAGCGCCCGAAACUUUCAAUCUCUUCGACGACAUCAUUCUCCUUUCAGAGGGUCAGAUUGUGUAUCAAGGCCCGAGGAAGUACGUAAUGGAGUUUUUCGAGAGCUGUGGGUUCAGGUGUCCCGAUCGGAAAGGCAUUGCGGACUUUCUGCAGGAGGUAACUUCUCGCAAAGACCAGCAGCAAUACUGGGCUGAUAGUCGUCGACCAUACAAAUACAUUUCCGUUAAAGAAUUCACUGAAAGAUUCAAACAAUUUCACGUUGGACAGCAGUUGACCGCGGAACUCAAGCAUCCAUACCACAAGUCCAGCAGCCACAAAGCAGCUCUAGUCUUCAAAAGAUACUCUGUGAGCAACCUGGAACUUUUCAAAGCAGGAUUUGCUAAAGAGUGGUUGCUGGUGAAGCGAAAUUCUUUCGUCUACGUCUUUAAAUCCGUGCAGAUUGUUAUUAUGGCUUUCGUUGCCAUGACCGUUUUCUUGCGAACGAGAAUGCAUCAAAGAAAUCUCAACGACGCAAAUGCUUACCUGGGGGCCUUAUUUUUCUCGCUCAUCACCAUCAUGUUUAACGGAUUCUCUGAGGUUUCAAUCACUAUCACUCGCCUUCCCGUGUUUUUCAAACAGCGAGACUUGCUCUUUCAUCCGGCAUGGGCUUACACGCUACCAACUUAUGCGCUGAGCCUUCCAUUUGCAGUGAUUGAGUCCUUCAUAUGGACUGCCAUGACUUAUUAUGUCGAGGGGCUCGCACCCGAGGCCGGACGAUUUUUCAAGCACUUUCUAGUGCUCCUGCUUGUGCAUCAAAUGGCAUCGUCACUUUUCCGCUGCAUUGCGGGUUUGUGCCGGACUAUGAUCAUCUCGAACACCGGAGGAGCCUUUUCGCUACUUGUCGUGUUCGUGCUUGGAGGAUUCAUUAUAUCAAAAGAUAGAAUUCCGUCGUGGUGGAUAUGGGGUUACUGGAUUUCUCCUCUAACAUAUGCAGACAGUGCAAUCAGUAUCAACGAGCUGCUAGCGCCUCGCUGGCGACAGCCCGUGGUGAACUCAACGCUUACGCUGGGUGUCAAAGCUCUUCGAGACAGAUCGUUUCAGUAUAGAGGCUAUUGGUUCUGGAUUGGUGUCGCGGCUUUAGUUGGUUUUGUUACACUUUUCAACGUUAUCUAUACGCUGGCUUUGACAUUCUUGAAACCGCUCGGAAAGCCUCAGGCUGUUAUCUCCGAGGAAUCUAUGGCAGAGAUCCAAGCCAGCCAGCAAGGUAUUGAAUAUGAUCCGUACGCGAAAUCCCGAGAACGUUCAAACAGGAGAUCUUUCCCGCGCUCACUGUCUUCUACUGACGCGAACAACUUGGGCGGUGUUCAGAUGCAGAGAAUCUCAAUGGGGAGAGAAGACAUGAAUCUGGCAACCGUAGAGGGAGUUGCUCCAAAGCGGGGAAUGAUUCUACCUUUCACACCUUUGUCAAUUUCGUUCAAUGAUAUAAGCUACUUUGUUGACAUGCCAGCGGAAAUGAAGGAGCAGGGAGUUACGGAGCCGCGGCUUCAGCUGUUAAACAAUGUGACUGGAGCUUUCCGUCCAGGGGUGCUGACUUCACUCAUGGGUGUCAGUGGUGCUGGAAAAACAACACUGAUGGACGUCCUGGCGGGAAGAAAGACUGGCGGCUACAUCGAAGGCGAUAUCAGAAUUUCUGGCUAUCCCAAAAAGCAAGAAACUUUCGCGAGGAUUUCAGGCUACUGUGAACAAAACGACAUUCACUCGCCACAAGUGACCAUUCGGGAGUCUCUCAUAUUUUCGGCGUGGCUGCGACUAUCUAAAGACGUUGACGCCGACAGCAAAAUGCAAUUCGUCGACGAAGUUAUGGAGCUGGUGGAAUUAGAGAGCCUCGGGGACGCAAUAGUUGGCCUUCCUGGAGUGACUGGACUAUCCACUGAGCAACGCAAGCGUCUCACAAUAGCCGUGGAGCUCGUAGCAAAUCCUUCCAUCAUCUUUAUGGACGAGCCAACGUCCGGGUUGGACGCAAGAGCUGCCGCAAUCGUGAUGAGAACGGUGAGGAACACAGUCGACACUGGAAGAACCGUCGUGUGUACCAUCCACCAGCCGAGCAUUGACAUCUUCGAGGCCUUCGACGAGCUUCUCUUGUUGAAAAGAGGAGGGCAGGUUGUCUACGCUGGGCCGCUAGGCAGGAAUUCCCAAAAGCUGAUCGACUACUUCCAAGCGAUCCCGGGAGUCCCGAAGAUCAAAGACGGCUAUAACCCCGCAACAUGGAUGCUUGAGGUGAGCUCAACGAGCGUGGAACAGAAAAUGAACGUGGACUUUGCAAACAUCUACUUGAACUCGUCACUCUACCAACGAAACAAGGCUCUUGUGAAGGAGCUGAGUGUCCCAGCUCCUGACAGGCGAGACCUCCACUUCUCAACGCAGUACUCUCAAUCCUUUUACGGUCAGCUCAAGUCGUGCUUGUGGAAGCAAAACUGGACAUACUGGAGGAGUCCCGAUUACAACUGCGUCCGGUUCUUGUUCACAAUCAUGUCAGCGCUCUUGUUUGGAUCGAUCUUUUGGAACGUUGGACCAAAGAGGAGUAGACAACAAGAUCUCUUUAACGUGGCUGGUGCAAUGUAUGGUGCUACCAUGUUUUUGGGGGUCAACAACUGCUCCACAGUCCAACCAGUUGUCGCCACCGAGAGAACUGUGUUUUACAGGGAGCGUGCUGCUGGAAUGUACUCGGCCCUUCCUUAUGCUCUAGCUCAAGUUCUUAUCGAGAUACCAUACAUUUUCCUGCAAACGAUCUUCUACGCCGGCAUCACGUACUCGAUGAUCAACUUCGAGUGGAGCGCUGCCAAGUUCAUGUGGUACUUCUUCGUCAUGUUCUUCACUUUCAUGUACUUCACGUACUACGGCAUGAUGGCCGUGGCGAUCACCCCAAACCACCAGGUCGCUGCCAUCAUGGCCUCUUCCUUCUACUCGCUCUUCAAUCUCUUCUCGGGCUUUAUGAUUCCCAAGCCGAGAAUUCCAAAGUGGUGGAUCUGGUACUAUUGGAUCUGUCCGGUUGCGUGGACAGUGUAUGGCCUGAUCGCGUCCCAAUAUGGAGACGAUCUCACGCCUCUCACCACACCCGAUGGCCGAGGCACGACCGUCAAGGCGUUUGUGGAGAGCUACUUUGGUUACGACCACGACUUUUUGGGUGCCGUCGGGGGUGUCUUGGUCGGUUUCUCGGUCUUCUUCGCCUUCAUGUUCGCCUACUGUAUCAAGUACCUCAACUUCCAACUGAGGUAGCUCUUCUUUUCCAAUGAGCUUUGGGCUCAGCCAAGCAAAAGUUUGUGAGCUCAUUACUAGGAUGAUACACUUUUGUAACAUAUGUAUAAAAGAUCAACAAAGCUUGAGAAUUUCUUCAUA